AUGGCGGACGUCCGGUCCAAGAACCUGUACGAGCUUCUUGGUAAUUCUACCUCCCCCGCGUCACUCCACGAUUCCUUAUCUCUUCGGUUGCCGUCGCGAAAUGAUCCCGAGCUAGACCCCAGCAAGCCCCCUGAGCCUCCCACGAAGGCUCUAGACAAGCCUGCUCCCCGACACGGCAAGCGUGAUGCCCCCAAGGAAGCCCCUACUCGCCCUGAGGGACAGACCUCCCGCCGUGGUGGACGUGCUACUGGUAACGAUGCCGCCUUCCGCGACCGUAACGCCGGCAGCCGCAACAACCGUGAGAAGCCCACCAUCGAUGAGGCCGGCAAGGAGUCCAACGUCCGGUUCGACCGUGGUGGACGCCCUGCCCGUCGUGACCGCCAGUCUCGCACUGGCCAGGCCGACACCCGCAAGCAGGUGAACCAGGGCUGGGGUAACCAGGACGGUGAGAAGACUUGGGACGACGAGAAGGCCGCCGACGGUAUCGCUAAGGCCGAUGAGAACGAGCCCCAGACUCCUGCCGAGGAGCCUGAGGAGCCCGCCGACAAGUCCAAGUCCUUCGCCGACUACCUCGCCGAGAAGGCUGCCCGUGAGGACCUGAGCGCCAAGCCCGUCCGUGCCGCCAACGAGGGUGCUAAGUCCGACAAGAAGUGGGCCAGCGCCAAGGAGUUCAAGCGCAACGACGACGAGGAGGCCUACAUCCAGGGCAAGGAGAAGGAGAGCAAGGGCUCCAAGCAGCGCAAGGAGAAGAACUACCUCGACGUUGAUAUGCGCUUUGUUGAGGCUCCCCGCACUUCCGGUGGUGCUCCCCGUGGCCGUGGUGGCCGUGGUGGUCGCGGUGCCGGCCGUGGUGACCGUGGUGACCGUGGCUCUGGCCGUGGCGGCCGUGGUAACGGACCCCGCUCUGAGCGUCCCGCCCCCGUCACCGUUGACGAGAAGAACUUCCCCAGCCUUGGCGGCAAAUAA